AUGACAGAGCCAGACAGGAUCAAGUCCAAGUCACGCAAGCGACUCUACAUCGGCAACCUAUCCUCGACCAUCGACGAGUACGUCCUUGCCCAUUUGUUCACCAAAUACGGCAAGAUAGUCAAACUCGACGUGCUCUACCAUACUGCCGGCCCUCUCAAGGGCAAGCCGAGAGGCUAUGGCUUUGUCGAAUUCGAACAGACCUGGGAAGCGGAAAGAGCGCAAUUGGAGCUGCACGAUAAGCUCAUACGAGGCCGCAAGCUCAUCGUCUCCUGGGCAGACAACCCAGAUACAGACGAGAGGGGACCAGCAACGGGUGGCGCAUGGAGACACAAGCUAGACGGCCACAAGCCCACUACACUCAGCCUCAUCAAGAACCAACGCAAACCCAAAUCAACUGACGCAGCGAUCAAUGCACUCGAGGCCAAGCUUGCUUCCAUGCGGCCUCCUACGCCCGAGCCGGACAUGGACGAGGAUGACCCGGUUCAUGCUCCAGUGGCAUCUACCUCGAGGGCCAGCGCCAAUCUACCAGCGCGACCGAGCGCGCUCGUGGCAAUCCAGGCAGAACGAGAUAUGAAAGCUGCACCCGAGGGCCCUCAAGCCCUGCCGAGACGGAAUCCCUCCCUUCUGGCGCCUGGCACGACAAGAACGACGGGAUCGCUCUUUGCCAGUCUACAGAAAGUCUCUCGAGCAAAAGAAGAGCAAGCGACUCCUCCUCCCGCCAGCCCGAGCACAUUCGGUCCCGAUAGCUGGAAAGCGACGGGCGCGAAGCCGAAAGGCAAGAGCAGGAUGCUGCCUGGCAUCGUCGUCAAGCCAAAAGACAAAUGA